CACACCUACUCCAACUUUCUCAGCAGCCUCUUCAGAGUGCAGUGCGCGCCUUCCUGCUCCCUCUCCGCACCUCUCUCCGGAGCCUGUCAGCCCCUGUUGCUAGCGAAUUGCUAGCGAAAGGGGCUCCAGCCCAGCAGCCCAGCCGGGCACCCUCCCCUACCUGAAGGGCACAGGGCUUUGGGAGUUUCCACCAUGAUUAUUGCCUCGCUGGGUUUUGUCGUUUUCUUGCUCCACUGCACAGCCUGUGACAAGCCCCUGGAAGGGAUCAUUUCCUCCUCCUCCUUGCGCUUCACACACACCCUUUAUAAUGCGACCAUCUAUGAGAACUCUGCUCCUAAGACCUACGUGGAGAGCUCCGUGAAAAUGGGCAUUUACAUCGCUGACCCCCAGUGGGCAGUGAGGUACCGGAUCAUCUCCGGGGACGUGGCCAGUGUGUUUAAAACAGAAGAGUAUGUGGUGGGCAACUUCUGCUUUCUGAGGAUCAGGACGAAGAGCAGCAACACCGCCCUUCUGAACAGGGAGGUGCGAGACAGCUACACCCUCAUCGUCCAAGCCACGGAGAAGACCUUGGAGUUCGAAGCUUUGACCCGUGUGGUGGUCCACAUCCUGGACCAGAAUGACCUGAAGCCCCUCUUCUCCCCACCUUCAUACCGAGUCACCAUCUCCGAGGAUAUGGCCCUCAAGAGCCCCAUCUGCAAGGUGACCGCCACGGAUGCUGAUCUGGGCCAGAACGCCGAGUUCUAUUAUGCCUUUAACACAAGGUCGGAGAUAUUUGCCAUCCAUCCCACCAGCGGCGUGGUCACGUUGGCUGGGAAGCUCAACGUCACCUGGCGAGGGAAGUAUGACCUCCAGGUGCUGGCCGUGGACCGCAUGCGGAAAAUCUCAGAGGGCAAUGGGUUUGGCAAUUUGGCUGCACUCGUCAUCCAUGUAGAACCUGCCCUCAGGAAGCCCCCGGCCAUCACCUCUGUGGUGGUGGCCCCACCAGACAGCAGUGAGGGUGCCACCUAUGCCACUGUAGCAGUAGAUGCGAACAGCUCAGGGGAAGUGGACUCACUGGAAAUUGUUGAUGGUGACCCCGGGAAGUACUUCAAAGCCAUCAAGUCUUACGCCCGGAGCAGUGAGUUCAGUCUGGUGUCCGUCAGAGACAUCGACUGGUUGGAGCACCUCCAUGGCUUCAACCUCAGCCUGCGGGCCAGGAGUGGGGGCAGUCCUUCUUUCUAUUCCCAGAUCAGGGGCUUUCACCUACCCCCUUCCAAACUGGCUUCCCUCAAAUUUGAGAAGCCCAUUUAUAGAGUACAGCUUAGUGAGUUCUCCCCUCCUGGCAGCCGCGUAGUGAUGGUGAAAGUAACCAGGGCCUUCCCCAACCUGCAGUAUGUUCUAAAGCCAUCCUCAGAGGGCACAGGGUUUAAACUCAAUGCUCGCACCGGGCUCAUCACCACCACAAAGCUCAUGGACUUCCAUGACCAAGCCCACUACCAGCUACACAUCAAAACCUCCCCGGGUCUGGCCUCCACCACUGUGGUCAUCGACAUUGUGGACUGUAACAACCAUGCCCCCGUCUUCCACAGGUUGUCUUAUGCUGGCACCUUUGAUGAGAACAUCCCUCCGGGCACCAGUGUUUUGACUGUGACUGCCACCGACCGGGAUCAUGGAGAGAAUGGCUAUGUCACCUAUUCCAUUGCUCGUCCAAAAGAUGUGCCCUUUUCUAUUGACCCUUAUCUGGGGAUCAUCUCCACUACCAAACCCAUGGACUAUGAGCUCAUGAAAAGAAUUUAUACCUUCCAGAUACGGGCAUCAGAUUGGGGGUCCCCAUUUCGCCAAGAAAAGGAAGUAUCUGUUUCUUUUAUGCUCAAUAACUUGAAUGACAACAAACCUAUGUUUGAGGAAGUCAACUGCACUGGGUCUCUCCGGGAAGACUGGCCAGUAGGGAGACCAGUGACGGCUGUGUCAGCUAUCGAUGUGGAUGAGCUUCAGAACCUCAAAUAUGAGUUUGUGUCAGGCAACGAGCUAGAGUAUUUUUAUCUAAAUCAUUCUUCUGGAGUGAUAUCCCUCAAACGCUCUUUUAUGUAUCAUACUUCUAGUCAACCCAUCAGUUAUUCCCUGAAAAUUACAGCCUCAGAUGGGAAAUACUAUGCCUCGCCCACAACUUUGAAUCUUACUAUAGUGAGGGACCCCCGUCUCGAGGUUCCUAUAACAUGUGAGAAAACAGGGGUACUGACACGAUUCACAAAGACCAUCCUCCACUCUGUUGGGCUCCCGAACCAGGAUUCCGAUGAUGAGGACUUUACUUCCUUAAGUGCAUAUCAGAUCAAUCAUCAUGCCCCACAGUUUGAGGACCACUUCCCGCAGUCCAUUGACAUCCUUGAGCGUGUUCCUCUCAACACCACCCUGGCCCGCCUGGCAGCCACUGACCCUGAUACUGGUUUUAACGGCAAACUGGUCUAUGUGAUUGCAGAUGGCAAUGAAGAGGGCUGCUUUGACAUUGAGCUAGAGACAGGGCUGCUUACUGUAGCUGCCCCCUUGGACUAUGAAGCCACCAGUUUCUACAUUCUCAAUGUCACCGUGUAUGACCUGGGCAUGCCCCGGAAGUCCUCCUGGAAGCUGCUGACAGUGCAUGUGAAAGACUGCAAUGACAAUGCACCCCGAUUUCCUCCUGGUGGAUACCAGAUAACCAUCUCAGAGGACACAGGAGUUGGAACCACAAUUGCAGAGCUGAAAGCAAAAGACGCUGACUCGGAUGACAAUGGGAGGGUUCGCUACACCCUGCUAAGCCCCACAGAGAAGUUCUCCCUCCAUCCCCUCACUGGGGAACUGGUUGUCACAGGGCACCUGGACAGGGAAUCAGAACCUCAGUAUAUACUCAAGGUGGAGGCCAGGGAUCAGCCCAGGAAGGGCCACCAGCUCUUCUCUGUCACUGACCUUACCAUCACAUUGGAAGAUGUCAAUGACAACUCCCCCCAGUGCGUCACAGAACUCAGCAGCCUGAAGGUCCCGGAGGACCUGCCCCCAGGAACUAUCCUAACAUUUCUGGAUGCCUUUGACCCUGACCUGGGCCCAGCGGGAGAAGUGCAACAUGUCCUGUUAAAUGAUGCCCAUGGGACCUUCCACGUGGACGUGAUGACAGGUGCCCUCACUCUGGAGAAAGAGCUGGACUUUGAGAGGAGGGCUGGGUAUAACCUGAGCCUGUGGGCCAGUGACAACGGGAAGCCCCUGGCUCGCAGGACCCUCUGCCACGUGGAGGUGAUAGUCCUGGAUGUAAAUGAGAAUCUCCACCCUCCCCGCUUUGACUCCUUUGUGCACGAGGGCCAGGUACAGGAGAACAGCCCCCCGGGAACCCAGGUGAUCGUGGUGACUGCCCACGAUGAUGACAGUGGCUUGGAUGGGGAGCUCCAGUACUUCCUGCGGGACGGCACCAGUCUUACAGCCUUUAGCAUCAACCAAGACACAGGAAUGAUUCAGACCCUGGCAACCCUGGACCGAGAAUUCGUGUCCUGCUACUGGCUGACGGUGCUGGCAGUGGAUCGGGGUUCCGUACCCCUCUCUGCUGUAACUGAAGUCUACAUCGAGGUUACGGAUGUCAACGACAACCCGCCCCGGAUGUCCAGACCCGUGUUUUACCCCUCCGUCCAGGAGGAUGCGCCCUUGCACACUUCUGUGCUUCAGCUGGAUGCCUGGGACCCCGACUCCAGCUCCAAAGGGAAGCUGACCUUCAACAUCACCAGUGGGAACCACAUGGGAUUCUUUGCUAUUCACCCUCUCACAGGUCUGCUGUCCACGGCCCGGCAGCUGGACCGAGAGACCAAGGAUGAACACAUCCUGGAGGUGACUGUGCUGGACAACGGGGAGCCCUCCCUAAGGUCCACCUCCAGGGUGGUGGUAUGCAUCUCGGACGUCAAUGACAAUGCCCCUGUGUUCUCCCACAAGCUCUUCAAUGUCCGCCUUCCAGAGAGGCUGAGCCCGGUGACCCCUGGGCCUGUGUACAGGCUCGUGGCUUCAGACCUGGAUGAGGGUCUCAAUGGCAGGGUCACCUACAGUAUUGAGGAGAGUGACAAGGAGGGCUUUAGCAUCCACCCGGUCACGGGCAUGGUGUCAUCCAGCAACACCUUCGCUGCCGGAGAAUACAACAUCCUAACGAUCCAGGCAACAGACAGUGGGCAGCCACCACUCUCGGCCAGUGUCCGGCUACACAUCGAGUGGAUCCCCCAGCCUCGGCCCUCCUCCAUCCCACUGGCCUUUGACGAGCCCCACUACAGCUUUACAGUCAUGGAGACAGACCCCGUGAAUCACAUGGUGGGGGUCAUCAGUGUCGAGGGCCGACCGGGCCUCUUCUGGUUCAACAUCUCAGGUGGGGACAAAGACAUGGACUUUGACAUUGAGAAGACCACGGGCAGCAUCAUCAUCGCCAAGCCUCUCGACACGAGGAAGAGGUCGAGCUAUAAUUUGACUGUGGAGGUGACCGAUGGGUUCCACACCAUUGCCACCCAGGUCUACAUUGUCACGAUUGCCAACAUUAACCACCAUAGGCCCCAGUUUCUGGAAGCUCAUUAUGAGGUCAGAGUUCCCCAAGACACACUGCCUGGGGUUGAGCUCCUCCGAGUCCAGGCCACAGAUCAAGACAAAGGCAAGGGCCUCAUCUACACCAUACAUGGCAGCCAAGACCCAGAGAGUGCCAGCCUCUUCCAGCUGGACCCAAGCAGUGGUGUCCUGGUAACUGUGGGGAAAUUGGACCUGAGCUCAGGGCCCUCACAGCACAUGCUGACAGUUAUGGUCCGAGACCAGGAGAUGCCAAUCAGGAGGAACUUUGUGUGGGUGUCUAUUCAUGUGGAAGAUGGAAACCGCCACCCACCCCGCUUCACCCAGCUCCACUAUGAGGCAAGUGUUCCUGACACCACAGUCCCAGGCACAGAGCUGCUCCAAGUCCGAGCCAUGGAUGGUGACCGGGGAGCCAACGCUGAGGUCCACUACUCCCUUCUGAAAGGGAACAGCGAAGGUUUCUUCAACAUCGAUGCCCUACUAGGCAUCAUCACUCUAGCCCAGAAACUUAAUCAGACAAAUCAUGCCCGGUGUACUCUGACAGUGAAGGCAGAAGAUCAAGGCUCCCCACGGUGGCAUGACCUGGCUACGGUGAUCAUUCAUGUCCACCCUUCAGAAAGCAGCGCCCCCAUCUUUUCAAAAGCCGAGUACUUUGUAGAGAUUCCUGAAUCAAUCCCUGUUGGUUCCCCAAUCCUCCUUGUCUCAGCUACAAGCUCCUCAGAAGUUACCUAUGAGUUAAGAGAGGGAAACAAGGAUGGUGUAUUCUCCCUGAACUCAUAUUCCGGCCUCAUUUCCACCCAGAAGAACUUGGAUCAUGAGAAAAUUUCAUCUUACCAGCUGAAAAUCCGAGGCUGCAAUAUGGCGGGAGCAUUUACUGACAUCCUGGUUGUUGUUUACAUCAUUGAUGAAAAUGACAAUGCUCCCAUGUUCUUAAGGCCGACUUUUGUGGGCCAAAUUAGUGAAGCAGCUCCAUUGUACAGCAUGAUCAUGGAUGAAAACAAUAGCCCCUUUGUGAUUCGUGCCUCCGACAGUGACAAAGAAGCUAAUUCCUUGUUGGUCUAUGAAAUUUUGGAGCAAGAGGCCUUGAAAUUUGUCAAAAUUGAUCCCAGCAUGGGAACACUAACCAUCAUUUCAGAGAUGGAUUAUGAGAGCAUGCCCUCUUUGCAAUUCAGCAUCUAUGUCCAUGACCAAGGAAGCCCCAUCUUAUUUGCACCCAGGCCUGCUCAGGUCAUCAUCUAUAUUAGAGAUGUAAAUGACUCUCCUCCCAGGUUCUCAGACCAGAUAUAUGAGGUAGCAACAGUGAUGCCUGUCCAUCAGGGUAUGGAGCUCCUCACAGUGUGGGCCAGCGAUGAUGACUCGGAAGUCAGUUAUAGCAUCAAAACUGGCAAUGCCGAUGAAGCUAUUGCUAUCCAUCCUACCGAUGGUCGAAUAUCUGUGUUGAAUCCUGUUCUCCUGGGACACUCCCGGGAGCUCACCAUUAGGGCUUCUGAUGGCCUGUAUCAGGAUACUGCACUGGUAAAAAUUUCUUUGACACACGCUCUUAACACAAGCUUACAGUUUGACCAGAAUGUCUACAGGGCAACAGUCAAGGAGAAUUUGCAAGACAGAAAGGCACUGGUGAUUCUUGGCGUCCAGGGAAAUCAUUUGAAUGAUACCCUUUACUACUCCCUCUUAAAUGGCACCGAUAUGUUUUGUAUGGUCAAGUCAGCAGGCGUGUUGCAGACAAGAGGUGUGGCCUUUGACCGAGAACAACAGGACAUACAUAAGUUGGCGGUGGAACUGAGGGACAAUCGGACCCCUCAACGGGUGGCUCAGGCUCUGGUCAUAGUUUCUGUUGAAGAUGUCAAUGAUAAUCACCCUUUAUUUAAGCAUCUGCCUUAUUACACAAUCAUCCAAGAUGGCACAGAGCCAGGGGAUGUCAUCUUUCAGGUAUCUGCCAGUGACCAAGACUUGGGGGUAAAUGGUGCUGUCACAUAUGCAUUUGCAGAAGAGUACACAUAUUUUCGAAUUGACCCCUACCUUGGGGACAUAUCACUGAAGAAACCUUUUGAUUAUCAAGCUUUAAAUAAGUAUCACCUCAAAGUCAUUGCUCAGGAUGGAGGAACCCCAUCCCUCCAGACUACAGAAGAGGUACUUGUCAUUGUAAGAAAUAAAUCCAACCCACUGUUUCAGAGUCCUUACUAUAAAGUCAGAGUGCCUGAAAAUAUCACACUAUAUACCCCAAUUCUCCACACCCAGGCCCGGAGUCCAGAGGGACUUCGACUCAUCUACAACAUUGUGGAGGAAGAGCCCUUGAUGCUGUUCACCAUUGACUUUAAGACUGGUGUGCUAACAGUAACAGGCCCUUUGGACUAUGAGUCUAAGACCAAACACGUGUUCACAGUCAGAGCCACAGACACAGCUCAGGGGUCAUUUUCUGAAGCCACUGUGGAAGUCCUGGUGGAGGAUGUCAAUGAUAAUCCUCCCACUUUCUCCCAAUUGGUCUACACCACUUUGAUCUCAGAAGGCUUGCCUGCGCAGACACCUGUGAUCCAACUGUUGGCUUCUGACCAGGACUCAGGGCAGAACCGUGAUGUCUCCUAUCAGAUUGUAGAGGAUGGCUCGGAUGUUUCCAAAUUCUUCCAGAUCAAUGGGAGCACAGGGGAGAUGUCCACAGUUCAAGAGCUGGAUUAUGAAUCCCAACAGCACUUUCAUGUGAAGGUUAGGGCCAUGGACAGAGGAAACCCUCCACUCACUGGGGAAACCCUUGUGGUUGUCGGUGUGGCUGACAUCAAUGACAACCCUCCAGAGUUCAGGCAACCUCAGUAUGAAGCCAUUGUCAGUGAGCUGGCAACCUGUGGACACCUGGCUCUCAAAGUCCAAGCUCUUGACCCCGACAGCAGGGACACCUCUCGUGUAGAGUACCUGAUUCUCUCUGGCAAUCAGGACCGGCAGUUCUCCAUUAACAGCUCCUCAGGAAUAAUUUCUAUGCCAAACCUUUGCAAAAAGCACCCGGGCCCUUUUUACAAUUUGAGGGUAGGUGCUUCCGAUGGGGUCUUCCAAACAACUGUGCCCGUGUAUAUCAACACCACAAAUGCCAAUAAGUUCAGCCCAGAGUUCCAGCAGCAUGUUUAUGAAGCAGAGUUAGCAGAGAAUGCAAAGGUAGGAACUAAGGUGAUUGAGUUGCUAGCCAUAGAUAAAGAUAGUGGUCCCUAUGGCACUGUAGAUUAUACCAUCAUCAAUAAACUAGCAGAUGAGAAGUUCUCCAUAAACCCCCGUGGCCAGAUCACCACUCUGAAGAAACUGGAUCGAGAAAAUUCAACAGAAAGAGUCAUUGCUAUUAAAGUCAGGGCUCAGGAUAGAGGAGGAAAAGUGGGCUUCUGUACUGUGAAGAUCAUCCUCACAGAUGAAAAUGACAAUGCCCCACAGUUCAAAGCCUCUGAGUACACAGUGUCCAUUCAAUCCAAUGUCAGUAAAGACUCCCCAGUUAUUCAGGUGCUGGCCUAUGACGCAGAUGAGGGUCGAAAUGCAGAUGUCACCUACUCAGUGGACUCAAUAGAGGAUUUGCAUGAACAGAUCAUUGACAUUAACCCAACCACUGGUGUUGUCAAGGUGAAAGAGAGCCUGGUGGGCUUGGAAAAUCAGGUCUUUGACUUAAAAAUCAAAGCCCAAGAUGGGGGACCUCCUCACUGGAACUCUCUGGUGCUGUUACGACUUCAGGUGGUUGAUAAUGAAGUAUCCUUGCCCAAAUUUUCUGAACCUCUGUAUACUUUCUCUGCAUCUGAAGACCUUCCAGAAGGGUCUGAAAUUGGUUCUGUCAAGGCAGUAGCAGCUCAAGACCCAGUUAUCUAUAGUCUAGUGCAGGGCACCACACCAGAGAGCAACAGGGAUGGUGUCUUCUCCUUGGACCAAAACACAGGAGCUCUAAAGGUGAGGAAGGCCAUGGACUAUGAGUCCACUAAAUGGUACCAGAUUGACUUGAUGGCACAUUGCCCCCACAAUGACACUAACUUGAUUUCCUUGGUGUCUGUCAACAUCCAAGUGAAGGAUGUCAAUGACAAUAGGCCUAUAUUUGAGGCUGAUCCAUAUAAGGCGAUCCUCACUGAGAAUAUGCCAGUGGGGACUGCAGUCAUUCAAGUGACAGCCAAUGACCAGGACACUGGGAAGGAUGGCCAAGUGAGUUACAGACUGCCCGUAGACCCUGAUAGUAAUAUCCAUGAGCUCUUUGCCAUUGACAGUGAGACUGGCUGGAUCACCACACUCCAGGAACUUGACUGUGAGACCCGCCAGACCUACCACUUUUAUGUGGUAGCCUAUGAUCAUGGCCGGACCAUCCAGCUAUCUUCUCAGGUCCUGGUCGAAGUCUCCAUUACAGAUGAGAAUGACAAUGCUCCAAAAUUUGCUUCUGAAGACUACAGAGGAUCUGUGAUUGAGAACAGUGAACCUGGAGAACCUGUGGCCACUCUUAAAACCUUUGAUGCCGAUAUCUCUGAGCAGAACAGACAGGUCACCUGCUAUAUCACAGAGGGAGACCCCUUGGGCCAGUUUGGCAUCAGCCAAGUGGGAGAUGAAUGGAGUAUUUUCUCAAGGAAAACCCUGGACCGUGAGCACAUAGCCAAGUACUUGCUCAGAAUUACAGCUUCUGAUGGCAAGUUCCAGGCUUCAGUCAUUGUGGAGAUCUUUGUCUUGGACAUCAAUGAUAACAGCCCUCAGUGCUCACAGCUUCUCUACACUGGCAAAGUCAGUGAAGAUAUAUCUCCAGGACACCUCAUUCUGCAAGUUUCUGCAACAGACUUGGACUCUGAUACCAAUGCUCAGAUCACAUACACUCUGCAUGGUCCUGGAGCAGAUGAAUUUAAACUAGAUCCUCAUACAGGGGUGCUGACCACACUCACAGCCUUAGAUCGAGAGAGGAAGGAUGUGUACAGCCUUGUUGCUAAGGCGACGGAUGGAGGUGGCCAAUCUUGCCAGGCAGAUGUGACCCUCCAGGUGGAGGACGUGAAUGACAACGCCCCCCGCUUCUUCCCCAGCCACUGUGCUGUGGCUGUCUUUGACAACACCACCAUUAAGACCCCCGUGGCCGUGGUACUGGCUCGGGAUCCAGACCAAGGUGCCAACGCCCAGGUGGUUUACUCCCUGCCGGACUCUGCCGAAGGCCACUUUUCCAUCGAAGCCACCACGGGUGUGAUCCGACUGGAGAAGCCCCUGCGGGUCGGGCCACAGGCAGCACUGCAGCUCACCGUCCGUGCCUCUGACCUGGGCGCCCCGAUCCCGCUGUCCACACUGGGCACCGUCACGGUGUCUGUGGUGGGCCUCGAAGACUACCUGCCCGUGUUCCUGAACACGGAGCACAGCGUGCAGGUGCCUGAGGACGCCCUGCUCGGCAUGGAGGUGCUGCAGCUGGCCACCCUCACCCGCCCGGGGUCUGAGAAGACUGGCUACCGCAUGGUCAGCGGGAAUGAGCAGGGGAGGUUCCGCCUGGAUGCCCGCACAGGGAUCCUGUACGUCAACAAAAGCCUGGACUUUGAGACAAACCCCAAGUACUUCCUGUCCAUCGAGUGCAGCCGGAAAGGUUCUUCUUCCCUUGGUGACAUGACCACAAUUGUGGUCAACAUCACUGAUAUCAAUGAACACCGACCGAGAUUCCCCCAGGAUCUGUACAGCACGAGGGUCUUAGAGAAUGCCAUCGUGGGUGACACUGUGCUCACAGUGUCAGCUACUGAUGAAGAUGGACCCCUAAAUAGUGCCAUCACCUACAGCCUGGUAGGAGGGAACCAGCUGGGGCACUUUGCCAUUGACCCCAAGAAGGGGGAGCUACAGGUGGCCAAGGCCUUGGAUUGGGAACAGACUUCUAGCUAUUCCCUGAGGCUCCGAGCCACAGACAGCGGGCGGCCCCCACUGCAUGAGGACACAGACAUCGCCGUCCAAGUGGUUGAUGUCAAUGACAACCCACCGAGGUUCUUCCAGCUCAACUACAGCACCUCCAUUCAGGAGAAUUGCCCCAUCGGCAGCAAAGUCCUGCAGCUGAUCCUGAGUGACCCAGACUCCCCAGAGAAUGGGCCCCCCUACUCAUUUCAAAUCACCAAGGGGAAUGACGGCUCUGCCUUCCGCGUGACCCCAGAUGGAUGGCUGAUGACCACCACUUACCUGAGCAGGAGAGUCCAGGAAUGGUACCAGCUUCAGAUUGAGGUAUCAGACAGUGGCAUCCCGCCCCUUUCAUCUUCCACAUCUGUUAGAGUCCACGUCACGGAGCAGAGCUACUACCCACCCUCCGCCCUCCCAUUGGAGAUCUUCAUCACCAUCGGGGAGGAGGAGUUCCAGGGCGGCAUGGUGGGCAAAAUCCAUGCCACAGACCGAGACCCACAGGACACGCUGACCUACAGCCUGGCAGAAGAGGAGACCCUGGGCAGGCGCUUCUCAGUGGGUGCGUCCGAUGGCAAGAUCAUCGCUGCCCAGGGACUGCCUCGGGGUCGCUACGCAUUCAAUGUCACAGUCAGUGAUGGGACCUUCACCACCACUGCUGGGGUCCAUGUCCACGUGUGGCACGUGGGGCAGGUGGCUCUGCAGCAGAGCAUGUGGAUGGGCUUCUACCAGGUCACCCCAGAGGAGCUGGUGAGCGACCACUGGAGGAACCUGCAGAGGUUCCUCAGCAACAAGCUGGACAUCAAAAAAGCCAACAUCCACCUGGCCAGCCUUCAGCCUGCAGAGGCCACGGCCGGGGUGGAUGUGCUUCUGGUCUUUGAGGGGCAUUCUGGAGCCUUCCACAAGCUGCAGGAGCUGGCAACCGUCAUCGCUCACUCAGCCAAGGAGAUGGAGCACUCAGUGGGAAUUCAGAUGAGGUCAGCCAUGCCUGUGGUGCCCUGCCAGGGGCCAAGCUGCCAGCGUCAAAUCUGCCAAGAGACAGUGCACCUGGACCCCAGGGUGGGGCCCACGUACAGCACAGCCAGGCUCAGCAUCCUAACCCCACGGCACCGCCUGGAGGGGAACUGCGCCUGCAAUGGUAAGGAAUGGGCCUUCCCCAGGGCAGCCAGCACUGCGGGCUCCACCAGCCUGACGCUAGGGCUGGAAAGCCCAGGGAGGGUCUGUGGGAUACUGAGAGGGGAGCUUUAACAGGGCUAAAGACCAGGGACCACCAGAAGGCAGGUGUGGCCUCACAAACUCUAGUCAUAGGAUAGCACCCUAUUCCUGGCCACUUUUUGGAAUUUUGAAGAUAAUGGUAAUACAAGAGGCAG